GGCGGGGGCGGAGCAGGCGACGGAGCAGGACCCGGGGUCCGGGGCUCUAGAGUCUCUGGCGGGGAGUGGGGCCACGUUCCUCGCCCUGCAGCUUGCCCCGCCCUGCUAAUGUGCCGAGCCGGCCCGGGAGUCCCCUGACCCUUGGGGGCACCCGCUGAGCGAUGGGGACCUUCGCCUCCCGCCACGUGAGCUGUGAACCACGUCUCGCGCAACCUCUGGCUCUCCAAAAUUGUUUUUAAUAUUUAAACGAUAUUUGGCGUAGGAGAAUCGCAUAGAGUUAGCGAGAUCUCGGGUUUCAAUUUAGACUCGGGGUGCUGGGGGCGUGGCAUCCCUGGAGGACACUGGACAGCGGACGUCCAAUCGCUGCCUGCCGCGUGAACCGGCAGCGCUUAAACCCCGUCACCUGGCUGGCGGGGUGCUAGGCCCUGGGGUUCCUUUACCCCGGGAGCCCACGCCCCGAUGCUGGGGUGCCCCGGUGCCCCCGCGGGCGGCUGGAGGCCUAGGGCUGCCCCACACGACGGUUCCAGCAGGGAAUCCCUGGCCGUCCUGACCUUCCCGGUCCCUGGGGACUCGCCCUCCGAGGAGCCCGGUCCACGCGCUGCGCCUUUAAGGCCCCGCCGCUCGCGCCCCCGUCACGUGACCUGGCCGUCGCUAGGCAACAGGACGCGGCCUAGUCCCGCUUCCCGCCGGAGGCGCAAUGGCCGAGGAAAGCCCCAGAUCGUGCGGGGAGCCUGUGGAGCCCAAGGCCACGGCCCCGCCGGAGAGGACCAACGACUACUACCGAGUGAGCGCGGACCUGCCGGGCCGAUUCAACAACCCGGGGUGGUUCCGGGGCUACAGCACCCAGAAGGCUGUCUCAGUGUACAGGACCAGUAACCAGGCUUACGGGAGCAGAGCCCCCACCGUGCACGAGAUGCCCAAAGUGUUUUAUCCAAAUUCAAAUAAAUUUUCCCAACAACUUGCAGCGGGUGGAAUGUUCCGGAACAACACUUUCAAUGUUUACAUGGAGAAGAGCAUGGUGACUGGCCCCGAUAACUACAUCACUCCCUGUGACCGGCUCAACUUCCACCCCAGUUACAACAGCAGCAGGCCAUCCAUCUGCGAAUGAGGGGCUGGAAGCCCACUUUAGGGUCCUCUGACCCCAGGGGCCUCCGGAAAAUUAUUGUCCCCAUGCGCCCAAUUGUGACGGCACAGACCGCAUUGCCUUCCCUGAAAAUAUCAUUCUCUUGUCCAUGGAGUAGAAAAAUACGCAGAUGGGGCUGUGAAGUUCUGCUGUUUCACGUCUAAUAAGUACACAGGAAAGAUGCUCAUGGUUGACUUUGCAUUAAAAACGUUGUCACAUUCUGAGCUCCCAUCUCAUCUGACAUUUGUCAUGGCGGAGUGGGGCUGUGGGCAUCCCGGGGCCGAAUUCUGGCCUGAGCACCAGGAGUGCCCGCCGUUAACUCCACCCGGGUCUUUAUUUGGGAGCCAUUGUUACGCACAAGACCAGUGAGGAGCGCACCUCCUGUCCUGAGGCACCCAGCACCCUGGCUGAGAUCCGCACCAGCACCUCGGGGUUCCCACAAGGACACGCAAUGCCCACUGAAGUAUGGGCAAGGGCCAGGCACUGGGCAGGAUGAGGAGCAGACGCCUCGACAGCCAGGUCAAGGCUGAACAGGCAGGAGGGGUUACCGUCUGAGAUGACUCGGGGAACACAGGUUGCAGCUGAAACUCCUCCAGCCACAAGCAAGGGGCAGGGCAGGGGAGGAGACAAGAUUGGGGAACGCCCUUCAUUGUUGAAGGGGCUGAUGCAGACAUUGCUAAGAUGGGGUAACAGCUACAUCAAGUAGAUUUUUAUCUCUGUGUCAUCAUAAAUCCACAUUUACUAUGAGUUACAAGGUCUCCAAUAAAAACAUUUUGUGUAUGA